GGAUUGGCCCGGGGGCGGUGACGUAAGCGCAGGCUGCAGUCGCGCAGUGGCCGUAAAGCGCGGACGCCCGCGCGCCGGCCGGAGCCGACCGAGAAGUGGAUGUGAAAUAGCCACUAAGCGUGUAUAGGCUGCUCCUUGAUAGAGCUGAUAGACACCUGUCAGGAUGUUUCUGCGCAUGCUGUCAGAUGUGCGGUGGUGGACAGCCAGCUCAAGGUGGAGAAACAUGGCCAGCUCUCGGAGCAGUGCCACAAGUGCAGCAGAGCCUCACUUGAUCUCCCUGCCAGCACAGGCGCAAGUGGUAGUCUGUGGUGGUGGAAUCAUGGGCACAUCAGUAGCAUAUCACCUUGCCAAGUUAGGCUGGAAGGACAUAGUCUUACUGGAGCAAGGCAGGCUGGCUGCUGGCACCACUCGAUUUUGUGCUGGCAUUGUGAGCACUGCCAGGCAUGUGUCCAUAGAGCUCAAGAUGGCUGACUAUUCAAACAAGUUGUAUCAGCAGUUAGAACAAGAGACAGGAAUAAAAACAGGGUAUAUGAAGACCAGCUCUAUUUCACUGGCUCAGACUCAGGACCGACUGAUCUCCCUGAAACGCAUUGCUUCAACACACAAGGUAAUGGGGAUACCUUGUGAAAUCAUCACCCCAAAGCAAGUGGCACAACUACACCCACUAAUUAACAUUCACGACCUUGUGGGGGCUUUAUAUAUGCCAGAGGAUGCAGUUGUAUCAUCUGCCGAUGUGAGCCUUGCUCUAGCAAAUGCUGCCUCUCGGAAUGGUGUCCAGAUCCAUGACAGGACGAGUGUCAGUCAUAUCCUGGUCCAGAAGGGUCAUGUGACUGGAGUUGAGACUGACAGAGGGCAGAUUCAAUGCGAGUAUUUUGUCAACUGUGCUGGCCAGUGGGCCUAUGAGCUGGGUCUUUCCAGUGAGGAACCAGUCAGUAUCCCACUGCAUGCCUGUGAACAUUUUUACCUCCUGACGCAUCCCUUGAAGAAACCUCUAGAAAGCAACACACCAACCAUUGUGGACUUAGAUGGUAGGAUCUACAUUCGCAAUUGGCAAGGCGGCAUCCUUUCUGGGGGCUUUGAGAAGAACCCCAAGCCCAUCUUUACUGAGGGCCGGAACCAGUUGGAGAUUCAGAACCUGCAUGAAGACUGGGAUCACUUUGAGCCACUGCUGAGUGCCCUUCUCCGUAGAAUGCCAGGCUUGGAGACGCUGGAGAUAAUGCAAUUGGUGAAUUGCCCAGAAUCCUUUACACCAGACAUGCGGUGCAUCAUGGGAGAGUCGCCCACUGUACAAGGCUAUUUUGUCCUGGCUGGGAUGAAUUCCGCUGGAAUCUCUUAUGGUGGGGGAGCAGGCAAAUAUUUGGCUGAGUGGAUGGUAAAUGGGUAUCCAUCAGAAAAUGUGUGGCCCCUAGACCUAAAGCGUUUUGGUGCUCUUCAAAGCAGUCGCACCUUCCUCCGUCACCGUGUCAUGGAAGUUAUGCCCCUCAUCUGUGAUUUGAAGGUUCCCCGUUGGGAUUUCCAGACUGGCAGGCAGCUACGUACAUCCCCUCUCUAUGAUCGCCUGGAUGCUCAGGGAGCUAGAUGGAUGGAGAAACAUGGAUUUGAGAGACCGAAGUAUUUUGUCCCACCUGGGAAAGAUCUACUGGCUUUGGAUCAGAGCAAGACCUUUUACAAGCCAGAUUGGUUUGAUAUUGUGGGCUCCGAGGUCAAGUGCUGCAAAGAGGCUGUUUGUGUCAUUGACAUGUCAUCUUUUACCAAGUUUGAAAUAAGUUCCACAGGGGGUCAGGCGCUGGAGGUUCUUCAGUACCUUUUCUCGAAUGACCUGGAUGUUCCAGUUGGACAUAUUGUGCACACGGGCAUGCUAAAUGAGAAAGGAGGUUAUGAGAACGACUGCAGCAUUGUACGCUUAAACAAACGCAGCUUUUUCAUGAUUUCCCCUACUGACCAGCAAGUACAUUGCUGGACAUGGCUGAAGAAGCACAUGCCCAGUGACAGUAAUCUGUUGCUGGAGGAUGUAACCUGGAAGUACACUGCUCUCAAUCUCAUUGGCCCUCGGGCUGUGGAUGUCCUGUCUGAAUUAUCCUAUGUCCCAAUGACUCCAGAACACUUCCCCUCUCUCUUUUGCAAGGAGAUGAGUGUGGGGUAUGCUAAUGGUAUCCGUGUGAUGAGCAUGACGCACACAGGGGAACCUGGAUUCAUGUUAUACAUCCCUAUAGAGUAUGCGCUGCAUGUGUACAAUGAGGUGAUGAGCGUGGGACAGAAAUAUGGCAUCAGGAAUGCUGGCUAUUACGCACUCCGCAGCUUACGCAUCGAAAAGUUCUUUGCAUUCUGGGGCCAGGAUCUGGACACCUUCACGACUCCCAUGGAAUGCGGGCGAGAAUUCCGUGUCAAACUGGAGAAGGGGACUGACUUCAUUGGUCGGGAUGCACUGAUGCAGCAGAAGCAAAAUGGUGUGUAUAAGCGCUUCACCAUGUUCAUCCUUGAGGAUCAUGACACUGAUUUGGACCUCUGGCCUUGGUGGGGGGAACCCAUUUACCGCAGUGGUUGCUACGUCGGUAAGACUACCAGCAGUGCCUACAGUUACACUCUUGAACGUCAUGUCUGCCUGGGCUUUGUUCAGCACUUUGAUGAGAAGACUGGGGAAGGGCUAGUGGUAACACCUGACUUUAUCAAUCGUGGAGAAUAUGAGAUUGAUAUUGCUGGACAACGCUUCCAGGCUAAAGCCAAGCUCUACCCCUUCAGCUCCCUCUUCACUCAGCGACGUCGGAAGGAUGAGAUGGAACUGAGCAGCUACCAGGGAAAGUAACAGCAUCUGGCUAUGUGCCUCUGAAGCUUGUCACCAUUCUCCUCCGAUUUCUGCUCCUUAUACCUUUUCACCCAUAUGGCUCUUCCUCCUUUUGUCUUUCAGGUUUUAAACCUUUUGGGAAUGUUUAAAUUUUGUACAUUUUACAGCUUUAAUUUUCACUUUUCCCACCCCUGCAAUCUUUAAUAGUCUUCUUUAAUCCUUCCCUUGUCAUGCUCCUGCAUAACCCUGUGGCAGAAGCAUGGCAUUGUGUUUCAUCCAAGAGGCCAUAUGGAGUACAUGUCAGAAAGCUCACAGGGGAGUAAGCAACUUGAAAGGCCAUAUUCCAGUGACCAUACUCUUUGGAUACUCAUCACAUCCAGAAUGUCAGAUGUGUGCUGGCCUGUAAUUCUGGCUUUUUGUCCCCUUUGGCUGAACUCUUAUGCAACUAGAGCCACAAAUUUCAGUGGAGUUGCCAAACCUUUCAUAAUGUGCACACAGGACCCGCCUUAGGGGUGCUUAUUAACUACUAGGUUCCACUGAGAUCCUGCUGACAAUUCUCUUGUUUCAGAGGGGUCAGCAAUAGAGUGAUCAGCUACCUCACUGGCUAAAAUGCAAUCACAGCAUAAUGUGAGCAGCAGUGAAGUGACCAUUUUUGCUGCGUUCCAGGUGGUUCUGCCCCUCACUUGUCAUCCUCCCCUUCCCCACAAGGGAGUGACUUUAACAGUUUUGUUCAUUAGGCUACUGAAAUAACAAAAUUGGUUUUGGUAAGUUUCUCCCCACCCCCUUUUGCUUUGGGACACUGAAAAAUAAUGACUUUUUUCUGGACAUAACAGAUUCUGGAAGUGGUAUCCAAGCACUCAGAACCUAACAGGCUUGCAUUGAUUAUGAAGAACUAAGAUAGAAUGGUGAGAAAAGGGAUGAAGGAUGUUAAACUGUAUUGGGAUUCACGAUGAAAAGAAGAAGCAGUCUAGCCUGGAGGCAGGACUUCAGUUUACUUCCUGUGAAUAUCUGUUUCCUUUCCCCAAGGAAGCCCUCUGGGCUGAACCUGUCAUAUUUUUAAAUAGCAUUUGGGUUUCCUUCAGAAUAAUAUUAUUUUAUUUAUAACACAUUUCCUUCUUUCAGGAUUCCAAAGUGUAUUUAAGCUUACUUACAGGAAUAAAUUGUCUAAAGUUUAUACUUCAGACACCGCUUGAGUAUAAUAUAAACGGCUGUUUGACAGGUCACAGCUAAUAGUAAUGUACAAAACAGGAGUAGAAUACUGCCUCUGAUUAAUAUGAUUUAUGUAAUUUGUCCAGUAAUAUUGCUUGUGGAGUUUGAACAUACUGGGAUUUGCUCUGUAUUUCAUCUAGAAGUUUCACAAGGUUUCUGUAGCAAAUGAUCAGAAUCUUUGUUUCACAGCCCCGCCGGUGGGAAAAUAAAUGCAUACAGAGUUGUGUUCAGAACUGCUAUAGAGGACUGUCACCUUAUGAAUCACCAGUGUUAUGUUCUGUAGAAUGCUUAGCUCUCUUUGGAGGUCUCCCACUGAAAUAACAGUCAGUCCUGACUUGUUUUAGUUUGAUAACCGUACUGUUGACUGAUGAGCCAGGAUGAAGUUUUACCACUUGGCACCCUGCAGUUCUCAGAGAAAAGUCUUAAAAACUUUCCUCUUAUUUAGCACAAAGACACUUUGUGUGUGGGGAUGCAUCAGCCAUUCUGCUCAAGAAGGACAGUGUAAAAUAUUGUACACAGUAAGGGAGGAUUGAAUUAGCAGAAUAUAACUACCCAAGUUGGUGUUUGGUCAGAACACCAUUCAGCUGCUUAUCUGGAGUGACAAGGCAACACUUUAAUGUAACCAGAACGAAAGAGUAGUGGACAAUUGACACAAACUCCUAAAUCAGGCUAACCUCACCUAAAUCAAUGGAAAAUUACUCUUGAAAAAGUUGGAAUAAAACUUCACUGGUGUAAAUUACAUCUGCUUUAGGUGCUUCCUGUCUGCAUCCAUACUGAAGUAGCUGUUUGCUUAAGUAGAGAGUGUUAUCACACCUUGCUAUGUACAUCUACCCUUGGAUAGUUGCAUAUCCAUCCAUUCCGGAUCCUGGUAUACAUCAGUAUAAAAAACAGAUGUAAAUUAUACCAGGGUAUGCAUUCAUUGUUCUGUGCCUGUAACAAAACCUGGUUCAGACUACAGCUAAAACCAGUAGCGUAGUAGUACUGUGCCCUCAUUGCUUUGCCAUUCUUUUUAAGCAAAAUUUCAAUUUAAAUCCUGUUUUUCCCCUUUCAUAAAUACAAUUCUCUGGCACUAUAGAAUCUCUGUGGAAAAACAUUUUAAAUAAGAUAUGGCUUCCAUAGUCCCAGACAGGUCAGUACCUAUAAACCUGUCUAUUUAAAAAAAAGUGAUUUGUGACCUAGCCCUCUUCAAGAGUUCGUUUCCACAUUGCUCCAAAUCCAUUUAAUCUGACAGUACCAGCAUAAAGGAAGAAAAUAUUUUGUAAUGGUAUCCCACAAAUAUAAUUCUUUCUGGGUUGCUCUGUUCUUGCUGAGAUGGUUAAGAGUUAAGUUCUUACUAUUUUGAUCCUGGAAGUGAGAUAUGGUUUGGCCUGUAACACCAGCUCUGACUUCCUUUCUUAUUACCAAUUCUCUCCUUUCUUUUCCUCCCCAACUAUACUCUUCAGAUAAUGUUCAAAUCUAGUUUGGUUUUUUUCUUGGUAGAUAUUUGUCUUUUGUGCUGCUGGGGAUUAAUUUGACUUUGGCAACUUGAAUCCCAGCCAAAGAGACAAUGGAUUUUAAACUGCACAACCAGGUACUGAGGUCAAAGACUGAAGUUGUGGCUUUUCCAUAAUGUCUUAAUACCCUUAAAGAGAAAUGGCAAUGUGUUUGUUUUUUUAUUGUAUUUGAUUCAUAUGUAAUCAUUCUAAUCUCUGUAUUAAUAACAAAAGGUAAACUACUAAAGGAUUUUAAAAGGUUUUUUUUGGGACUUGUGUAUGAUCCAUUCCUAAAACCCUUAAUGGAAAAAUAAUCUGAAGUGUGAAAAAUGCAGCAGCUUUUGCAUUUUCAACUAUUGCCUUUGGGCAGACUUAGUAUUUUUAAAUGAUUUGUUGACCCCCACUCCAGCCAGCUCUUUUCCAGAUCCCUUUAUUGGUCUCUUUCUGCAUCAAGCUUAAAAUCUUUAGUUUCAAGAUUCUAGAUCGCUCUUGCCAAUGCCUAUAACUCAGCCUUUAUCUUUUUGUAAUCCCCCUUCCUCAUUCCCAUGCUUUUUGCUUAAUCCUUCUGGACUCCACAUCUAUUUUCAUGCUACCCAUAGUCCAUCUGGACCCUCCUUUUCCAAUGGAGCAGUCUCUUAUCUAUCUUGGCUUGCCUUCCAUUCAUCUAUCUGUUUAUGCUUUGCAUUAAUUACUGUGUUCUCAGGGAAUCGUAUCACCCUUGUCCAUUCCUCCCUCCUCAACCUGUUGUCAGUUCUAGUAAACAGAUGGCAAGUUCUCUGGUUGAGUACUGGUUCUGGGUUUUUUUGUAAAGCUACCUGAAGAAUUACUUUGCAGGACACAUGCUGAAUUGUAGUGAUGAAUGCAGACAGAAUUAGGACAGUGUUAUCCAGGAUACCAUUUUUUUUCCUACCAGCUCGCAUUUAAAAAAAAAAAGAGAGAGAAAAUCAAGCAAAAUUGGGUGUCAUGGUGGAAAUAUAUUUAUGUAAUAGAGUCCUUGAAGCACCGAUUAUAUGUUAUUGACACAUUCUAGUGAGAAGCACCUAAUGAUAAAAGCACAAUGUUCAGUAUCUGUAAACCCAGUAUUGGACCUGUCCUUUUGUUAUGCAUUUGCUAAAUUUAAUGGCAUGGUUUUAUUUUAAUAAAAGCAAUCACUCUACAAAAGCAAACCAGUUUCUAUAUAUGACACAGGAAAGCUUGCAAGUACAAAAGUUUUCUUAUUUUUAAAA